CAACAUUAUCUGUUGAAUAAUUUGAUCUUUUCUCAACUGAUUUGAAAGGGCACCUUUAUCAUAUACUAAAUUAAUUUUUUCCAUGGAUCUGUUACUGCUUUUUCCACUGCUUUUAAAAAUCAGUCCAGGCGAGCCUAAUGCAUUUUCCCUGAGUUAAUAUGUCUGCGCCGGGGGAGACUCUGAGACACCCUUGAGGAACAGGAGGCCAGGCUUUCCCGAGGCUUUGCCUGAGGUCCCCUGGUUAUGGCGCUUCGCUCGCGGCCCUGGAAGUUGUUCUCGGUUUGCAGAAACCCCGAGUUUGGGUGCGCAGCCCUCUCAACCGGUGGCAAACCAGCGGUGAAGCCUGACGUGGACUCUCUGGAAAAUGAAGCUGUUGCCUCAGAAUUCACCAACCGGAAUCCCCGGAAUCUGGAACUCCUAGCUUUAGCCAGGAAAGAGCGGGGUUGGGGGACAGUGUGGCCCUCCCGUGAGUUCUGGCACAGGUUACGAGUUAUAAGGACUCAACAUCAUAUUGAAGCAUUUGUUGAGCAUCGAAAUGGCCAGGUUGUACUUUCAGCAUCCACUCGUGAAUGGGCUAUUAAAAAGCAUCUUUAUAGGACCAGAAAUGUGGUGGCUUGUGAGAAUAUAGGAAGAGUCCUGGCAGAAAGAUGCCUAGAGGCCGGCAUCAACGUCAUGGUCUACCAGCCAACUCCUUGGGAGGCAACCUCAGACUCGAUGAAACGGCUACAAAAUGCUAUGACAGAAGGUGGUGUGGUAUUAUAGGAACCUCGGAGAAUCUAUGAAUAAAACAGCAACAUUAAUUGUUUUGAACUUGUACAAAACUUCCAGCCAUUACAGUCAUCAAAAGAGAACAUCUGGAAAAACAGCCAGCUUGGCUGUUUUAUGACAAUACUGAAACAGUGGGAUAUAAAGAGCGUGUGGCCUUCUCUUGGUGGUGGUGGUGGUGUUUUAAUCAAGGGACCCUCUCUUGGACCUGAAAAAGCUAUUUGAGCAAAGU